UAUUCGAGUCACGUGGACAUUUCUCGUGGAGUUCGUGCGCGAUUCUCGUGAAACGUUCUUUUUACCCGCAACAAGAUUGCGCUUGGUCGGUCACCUGUUGCACGCCAGUAGACAUGGAAAGGGACGCAAAGGAAUAUUUCUGGGGUUGCCAGCUGACAAAGGAGUCCCCCUGCCAAACAUGGUCCUUUCAGGAGGAGGAGGAAGACUCGGACUACCUCGUCCACACCCUCUUCCUCAGAAAUUCUGUCCUGGGAGCGGAGGCGGUGAAAGGAGAACUGAACAUUGUACAGGUGGAGACGAAGAGUUUUGAAGAUAAAGACAUCAAACAACCACUGUUCUCGUUACGGAAUGGAGGACAGGAAACGUUAACGAUGGACCUGAGUUUUGCCGGCGCCUGUAGCACAACGUUCCGGCUGGUUGAAGGAUCAGGGCCGGUACACAUAGGUGGACAACAUCUAGUGGAGUUUCCCCCCGAACACAACAUGAGUCAAGACGAGUCCGAGUUCUUUACCGAGGACGACAUCGAACACGAGGAAGAUGAUGACGAAGAUGAAGAGGAAGAAUCGCCCAAGGGGAAGAAGUCCCAGAAGAGGAAGGCCAGCUCACAGACAACGGCAAAGACGAAGAAAGGAAAGAUGGAAGUGAGUGCUGAGGACGAAGACGACGAUGACGAUGAGGACGAAGAAGACAUGGGACGACGAUGACGACGACGAUGAUGAGGAAGACGAAGAUGAGGAAGAGGAAACACCGGAGAAAACAAAGAAGAAAGGCAAAAAGGGUAAAGACGAUGCAAAAUCUUCGAAAGCAACAAAGAAGGCGAAACCAGCUUCAAAGGCCCCCGCGAAGAAGACGGUGAAAAAAGGCAAGAAAUGAGAGCCUCUCCUCGUCUAACCCUGUAUUAAAGUGCUGCUGUAUUUAUAGUAAUCUGUGUACAUUGGUGGGCGGAAUAAAUCUCCUGGAACGUG